UAUAUUAUGGGGUCAAAGGUCGCUGCUACCAGAGCCCACGUGCGCUACCGUUGUAUGCCGGAGCUGAGAAAACAUUACUAACUUUUAAACCAUACGAAUAUACUUUACAAGUUUACGUUUUAUAGAUCACGAUAUGCAAGUUGUUACUUACAUACCGAAUGAUAGCGGGCGACGGAACUGUCAAAGCAAUCGGGUCUUGGUGUCCCGCUUACUGCAGUCGAGUGUAUGUAUUACAUCACUCGAAUGUUCGUUUGCCAUCACGUACUUGUCUUAGAGGGCCUCAACAGCUUGGCUCGUUGAGCUGCAGACGUUUGCCUCGUUAAGCUCGGCGCGCCGCCAGACAGCCCCGAGACGAUGGGCGACUCCGCCGCCGACGCGACGAGACUCGCGGGAGGGAACGCCGAGGCCGGAGACGCUGACCCUGCCGCGGACGCAACCCUCACCCCGGCGGCACCCUCGCCUCCGCACGCCACGGGCUCAGCAGGGCCGCGGAGUGUCGCCACGAAGCGCAAGCACGGCCAAAGCGCCUGUGCGGCGACCGGGCAGCAGCAGUGUGGUGACGGUGGCGGCGGUGAUGAUGAUAGAGAUGGAGGAGGAGGAGGAGAGGGCAAGCGGCCACCGCGUCGCCACAAGCGCAGCCGACAGGAGCGCGGCGCCGGCGAGCGCCACGUGCCGCCCCCCAAGAAGCGCAACGCCGGCGUGAGCUUCGGCGCGGAGCACUUCGCCGAGACGGAGUGCUACGUCGAGGCCGGGCUGCGCCGGGUGCGGCCCUACCGCUUCGACUUCACCUCGUACUGCAAGGGCCGCUGGCUGGGCCGCACCCUCGGGGAGGUGCUCGCGUCGGAGUUCCGCGCGCAGGGCCCUCGCUACUACGAGGCGGCGUGCGCGGCCGGCAGGAUCACGCUGAACGGGGAGCGCACCUCGCUGGACGUGGUGCUGCGCGACAACGACCUCGUCCGGCACACCGUGCACAGGCACGAGCCGCCCGUGGCCGCGGGCCCCGUCACGCUCCUCGCCCAGACGGACGAGCUGGUCGUGGUGGACAAGCCCUCGUCCAUGCCGGUGCAUCCGUGCGGACGCUACCGCCACAACACGGUGAUCUUCGUGCUGGGCAAGGAGCACGGCCUGGCCCCACUGCACACUGUGCACCGGCUCGACCGCCUCACCUCCGGCGUGCUGCUGUUUGCGCACACGCUGGAGGCCGUGCAGCGGCUCGACCGUCAGAUCCGCGAGCGAGAGGUGCAGAAGGAGUACCUGUGCCGCGUGGAGGGCCGCUUCCCGGGUGGCGAGGGGGAGGAGGCGGAGGAGGUGGUGUGCGCCGAGCCGGUUCUUGUGGUGUCGUACAGCGUGGGCGUGUGCCGCGUAGACACGCGCGGCAAGCCCUGCCGGACCACCUUCACGCGCCUCAGUUACAACGGCCGCUCCAGCGUGCUGCUGUGCCGGCCCGAGACCGGGCGCAUGCACCAGAUCCGCGUGCACCUGCAGUUCCUGGGCCACCCCAUCCUCAACGAUCCCGUGUACAACACGGCCGCGUGGGGGCCGGCGCGUGCCCGCGGCGGCACCAUCGGCAAGAGCGACGAGCAGCUGCUGCAGGACCUCCUCGCCGACCGCCGUCGGCUCGGCGAGGAGGUGACGGAAUCCUGCGACGGUGACUGCGGCAGUAUCGGCAAUGGGGAGGGGGGGAGUAUCGUCGGCGGGGGCAUCGCAUGCAGCGGAAAUGACGAUACUGCGCAGAAGAGCAGUGCCGGCAGCGGUGGUGGUGAUGGUGGCGGCACAAACGAGCCGGUUACGACGUCGUCGGAAGCUGAGGACUCCUGGGCUGGCGGGCAGGACCCUCUCUGCAGCGAGUGUCGCCAGACUCGGCCGGACCCCAGGCCCGAUCAGCUGAUCAUGUUCCUGCAUGCGCUGCGCUAUCGCGGCCCCGGCUGGGAGUACACGGCGCCGACGCCAGAGUGGGCGAGCGCCGACUGGCAGGAGCCCCCUCGCCCAGACACGGAGAAGAGCGAAGGGGAACCUGGGCGGAAUGAGACACUGGCCAGCACCACCACGCCCGGGCACAACUAGACACUCGCCAUCACCACCCCUGGGCAGACUGACGCUCUGGGCUUCACGUGACUGCAGCACACGGUGGUGGUGGCUGCUACAACGCUCAACAAAGCUUCUUGAAUCGAGUUGUGGCAAAUGAUCAAAUCGCUCCGGUGUCCUGGUAACUAGUACACGAUGUGUUCUAUCAUGGGCCCCGGCAACUUUGAGUUUAAUUCGUGGGCAUGGUGGAUAAACCAGUCCUGCAUCAUCCACCACCUUUACCUAAGCCACACCGGUUUUGUUUGGUCACACAUCCUCUUGUGACACGGCAUGGGGAGGUCUUCAUUCAGCAGUGGCUUGACAAAGGUGCUUGUGAAUUAUAUUGUUUGUUGAGUUCAUUUCCUCGUUCAUGUGGGUUUCGGUGUGAGGUCCUGAAACAUUUAUUUUGUCGCUCUGCAACACUUAAAUAAUUAUUUAUUUAGGAAGGCCUCGACGAGUCUCAAGAUUCCCUUUUCCCCGAAGGGUUCUGCCCCUUCGGGAAAUUUGGCUGAUUCCUUUUUAAAUAACCAAAUCAUCUGGUGAUGCUGCUGCUGCUUCUGGGUUGGCAACGGUGCACAAGCACAUUUAACAAAAAAAACUCAACACUUUCCGUAGAACUAUAAGAAAACAUUGGUUUUUAUUUUAAGCCAGCGUUAUCUCCAAAUAUGUUGAACCUUUUUAAGCACUGUGUAUUUAAAUAAUCGACGCUUCAUGUGAGCGCAACAACCAGAGUACGUGGAGAUAACCCACCAUGCGCAUGAGGGAAAUCGAUCCGCACGGAUGGGUUUGUGAACCCGCUUGCUGUUUUGCAGUCUUGUUGUCGUCACGCAUCCACGCGCGAGUCAUUUACGUUUGAUCCGAACACCCUUGUCUCCGAAGUGCUAGGUAAUGGGCAUUUGCGGUCGCUGAGGUGAGUUUGAACUAUUUGGAAGAAAAAACUGGUAAACAAAAAAUAAACCGGACUUGAAAUAUAGAAAUGUGACUGUGUUUUUCGACAAUUAAAAAAACUCAACAAAUUCUUACUUUGCUCAGAUUAUCCACACACACACCUCGUCUGCUGGUUAAAAAAGCCGAGAUUUAUAAACAAUCCACAUUCACGAGGUGAGUCAGGAGGGCAGAGCGCCGAGUCACAGCUUUGUGCAACAUCACCUGUGAAUCACUGAGGCAGUGGCACUCUUGCAAAUGAGACUCCUAUUCUGUCGAGGUCCGCCAGUCACGAGAGAGCUUCAGCAGAGAGAGUUCGUGUCCUUUUGCUCUUCCUCUGUCGAAGGAGGUGGCUGCAGACUACAGUGGUUUUACUCUUUGGUCCAUAGUUUGGAUUGCAUGGGCACGAUCUCAUUACUGUUGAUUGUGCCCUUUUGCUGCUGCUGCUGCUGCUGCUUUUAUCGUAACAACACAAGCCCACGAUACAGCACGCUGCGCGGGUCGCAUAACCGGGUUUCACAUUUCCCCGACGGACAGUCCCGACGCAACUGGAUCAUAUAAAGGAGGGGAGGUAAAAGGUGGGGGAGAGGGGCCUGCUGCCCCCACCAAGUGAUGUUGUUGCUUGUCUUUAAUUUUCCAUUCAAAAAGGAGAUGUGUGCAUCGGCCUGUAGAUGUUCUGAUGCGGUUGACGAAUGAGGUGUUCAUUUUGGACGUCUGCGUUGAUUCCACUCUGUUCGCGAAGUGUGCUUCCAGAUCUGGGUGAUAUAUUCGCAUGGUGGCAGCAGCGUGAUCGCAGAAGGGGGAUCGGGUCUUCAGUCAGUGGCGAGGAACUUUGUCGAGGUUUUGGUUAAUGGGUAGGUGGUUUUCGUUGCCAAGAAAAUGUGUGAACUCCCUUGCAGUAGUGUGUCGAUAUUUGGUGGCAGAAUGCUAGUCAGAACAGGGAGCCAGGGGAUUGGGUGUCGGUUGUGGUUGUGCCGGUUAUAAUGCGCGGUGCGUGUUUGUAAUUGUGCAUCGAGCAAGUUUGUGUACUGGCUUCUGGAGCCGACUGGAGCUCAGUGGUGUGCCACGGAGUAGGCCCGGUGAGAGGGUGGCAGUUCGCAGUGCGUCAGCUGAGGAGUCCCUGGUCCUUCCAUCCAAGUGUCGAUAGCAGGGCGAUUCUUGAUUUGGUACUCUCACAGAUCUGUUUCAUGUGGGGCUUUGAACGGUCAGGCAUCUAUCCAUAAUUGACAAUUAUCCUGGUCGCAUGAGUUCUCACAUGGUUAAACAAAGGAAACUUCAAACUUGAAUUUUGUUUUACCUGAAAAGAGUUUGUUGGUGUAGAAAAAGUGGUUUUAAUGUGAAUGUUCAAUAAAAGGGUGCCGCCUAAUAGCAGAUCACCAAUG